AUGGCGUGCCUUCUGUCCAUGACCCUCUCUGUACCUCUCUCAGCUUCACAUUGGUUCACAAAGGAAACAGCUCCGAGAAAAUCAGUUUUUGUUGGACUUUCAAGCCAACCAAUUUCAGAAACAGUUUUCUCUUCAAUCUCUUUUCUCAAUUGCCAGUUAUGCUUACUGUUAUACUUGGAUAUGAUUAGGUUUCAUAAGAUAUUAAAAAUCGCCCGCCUAGGCGGCCUGGGGCGGGUCUAA